AGGAGCAGGCGCCGCCGCGCUUUCGGGUGUCUGGCUGGAGCUCGAGCUCGGCCCCUUCCAUGGAUCUAUAGGGUGGCAGCAGGACUGGGGGGCAUGGGCUUGGCGUCCCGGCUUGGGGGCCCGUGGCGGGCACGGCUGGGCUGCAGCAUUCUGGGCAUGGCGCUGCUGGCGCGGCUGGCACUCGGAGCAGCUGUACAGUGCUUGGACGGUGACAAGCCCUGUGAGAAUGGUGGAACCUGUGUUGUUUACUCCAAUGGGAUUCCUGCCUGCAUCUGCCAGCCUGGACUGAUUGGAGAGCACUGUCAGUUUCAGGAUCCUUGCCACCAGUCAACCUGUGCCAAUGGGGGCUCGUGUGAGAGCACCCUGCGUGAUGGUACUGUGCAUUACCAGUGUACCUGUCCCAAGGGCUUUCGAGGUCAGGACUGCUCUUUGCUGGAUGUCUGUGCCAGCAAGCCGUGUCUCAAUGGUGGCCGCUGUACCAACUGGAAUGGUCGCUUCAACUGUACGUGUCUGCCCGGCUAUCAGGGCCGCAACUGCCGGAGCGAUGUGGAUGAAUGUCGGGUGCCUGGCCUAUGCCAGCAUGGGGGUACUUGUCUCAACACACAAGGCUCCUUCCGCUGCCAGUGCCAAGCUGGCUACACAGGGCAGCUCUGUGAGAGCAUCUCUACACCCUGUGCCCCGUCUCAGUGUCUCAAUGGGGGCACCUGCCGCCAGACAGGAGAACUCAGCUAUGAGUGUGCAUGCCUGCCUGGCUUUGAGGGCCACAACUGUGAGAUCAACAUUGACGACUGUCCAGACCACAUGUGCAUGAAUGGAGGCACAUGCGUGGAUGGCGUGAACACCUACAACUGCCAGUGCCCUCCAGAGUGGACAGGCCAGUUUUGCACUGAAGAUGUGGAUGAGUGCCAGCUGCAGCCCAAUGCGUGCCACAACGGAGGCACUUGCUUCAAUACAGAUGGAGGCCACUCGUGCGUUUGUGUCAAUGGCUGGACAGGAGAGAGCUGCAGUGAGAACAUUGAUGACUGUCAGACAGCGGUCUGCUUCCAGGGUGCUACCUGCCAUGACCGUGUGGCUUCCUUCUACUGUGCAUGCCCCAUGGGCAAGACAGGCCUCCUCUGUCACCUGGAUGAUGCCUGUGUCAGUAACCCUUGCCAUGAAGGUGCCAUCUGUGACACCAACCCGAUGAAUGGCCGUGCCAUCUGCACCUGCCCACCGGGCUUCACAGGAGGAGCCUGUGACCAGGAUGUAGACGAGUGCUCCAUUGGAGCCAAUCCAUGUGAGCACUUUGGCAAAUGUGUGAACAUGCAAGGGUCCUUCCAGUGCCAGUGCGGGCGUGGCUACACAGGACCACGGUGUGAAACGGAUAUCAAUGAGUGCCUCUCCAUGCCUUGCCAGAAUGAUGCUACCUGCCUUGACCGCAUUGGGGAGUUUACCUGCAUCUGCAUGUCAGGUUUCAGCGGCACCUACUGUGAAAUCAACAUCAACGAGUGUGAGAGUAACCCCUGUGUCAAUGGGGGUAUCUGCAAGGAUAUUGUCAACGGAUUCAGCUGCACCUGCCCCUCAGGCUUCUCUGGUUCUAUGUGCCAGAUUGACAUUGAUGAAUGUGCCAGUACACCCUGCCAGAAUGGUGCCAAGUGCGUGGAUCGGCCCAAUGCUUAUGAGUGCCGUUGUACAGAAGGUUUUGAGGGGCCUCUGUGUGAGAGGAACAUUGAUGACUGCUCACCAGAUCCCUGUCACCAUGGCACAUGUGUGGAUGGUAUUGCCAGCUUCACCUGCACAUGUGCAGCUGGCUACACUGGUUACCGUUGUGAGAAUCAGAUCAACGAAUGCCACAGCAAUCCCUGUCAGCACGGUGGCAAGUGCAUUGACUUGGUCAAUAAAUACCUGUGCCACUGCCAGCCAGGUACCUCAGGUGUGAACUGUGAGAUGAACUUUGAUGACUGUGCCAGCAACCCCUGUGAUUAUGGCAUAUGCCGUGACGGCAUCAACCGUUAUGACUGCAUCUGCAAACCAGGCUUCACAGGUCCCUUGUGCAACGUAGAGAUUAAUGAAUGCGCAUCCAAUCCCUGCAAGAAUGGUGGCACCUGUGUGGAUGGUGAAGAUGGCUUUUCUUGUGUCUGCCCUGAGGGUUUCCAUGAUCCACACUGCUACUCAGAAGUAGAUGAGUGCAGUAGCAGCCCCUGUGUGCACGGCACAUGCCACGAUGACAUCAAUGGGUACAGAUGCGAGUGUGAGCCAGGGUGGGCAGGCACCAACUGUGAUGUGAACCGCAAUGAGUGUGAAUCAAAUCCGUGCCAGCAUGGAGGAACUUGCACUGACCACGUCAAUGGCUAUCGUUGCAAGUGCAAGGAGGGCUUCCAGGGCCGGAACUGCGAGAACGUGCUGGCCCCUUGUUUCCCCAAUCCCUGUGAGAAUAAUGGUGUCUGAGACCACCAACCUGAUUCUUCCAUAUCAUGGAGCAACCCUACAUUCUUGUUUGACCGAUGCCACAAAGACAUUAAUGAGUGUGACCAGAACCCCUGUCGAAACCGGGGCACAUGCACCAACACGCUGGGCAGCUACAGAUGUGCAUGCCGACCUGGCUACACUGGCACCAACUGCGAGACAGAUAUUGACGACUGCACACCGAAUCCUUGUUUGAAUGGUGGCUCCUGCCAGGAUGGCAUCAGCUCCUUCAAAUGCACCUGCCUGCCAGGCUUUACAGGCCUCCACUGCGCCACAGAGAUCAAUGAGUGCCUAAGCAGCCCCUGCCACAACGAGGGCACCUGCACAGAUUAUGUCAACAGCUACACUUGCACUUGUGCACCAGGCUGGGCUGGCUUACACUGUGAGCACAAUGUGCAGGACUGCACUGACAGCUCCUGCUUCAAUGGUGGCACAUGCAAGGAUGGCGUGAAUUCAUACACGUGCCACUGCCGUGCUGGCUUCAUGGGCUCCCACUGCCAGCAUGAGAUCAAUGAAUGCCAGUCUCAGCCUUGCCUCAAUGGUGGUGUGUGCCAGGAUGGUGUGCAGUCCUAUCGCUGUGUCUGCCCUCAAGGCUACACAGGUCCUCAGUGCCAGACUCUGCUGGAUCUGUGCAGUCACUCCCCCUGUCAGAAUGGAGGCCGCUGUAUACAGAGAGGCACCACAUUGUCUUGCGACUGCCCAGGGGGCUGGACUGGUCGUUACUGUGACAUCCCCAAUGUUUCGUGCGAAGUGGUGGCCAGAAACAGAGGUGUGACCAAGGAGCAGGUGUGUCAUUAUGGUGGCCGUUGUGUGGAUGCUGGUAAUACUCACUACUGCAUCUGCAAGAAAAGCUACACAGGAAGCUACUGUGAGAGUGAAGUUAACCACUGCCAAUACAGUCUAUGUCGGAAUGGGGGCACCUGUCGCAGUUUUGUUGGAGGCUAUGUUUGUGAGUGCCCACUAGGCUUCGAAGGGAAAAACUGUGAAUAUGAUAUUGAUGAGUGCCAGUCACACCCCUGCCAAAAUGGAGGAACUUGCAUCAACCUCAUUGGCCGCUACAUAUGUUCUUGCCCUCCGGGGACUCUGGGUGUCCUGUGUGAAAUAAAUGAGGAUGAUUGUGCUGUGAAUCCUGGCAGCCGGGUCCCGAAAUGCCUCAACAAUGGGACAUGCGUGGACAGAGUGGGUGGCUAUGGAUGCAGCUGCCCACCAGGCUUUACAGGCGAGCGCUGCGAAGGGGACAUAAAUGAGUGCCAGGCGAACCACUGCCACCCACGCAACACACUUGACUGUGUACAGGAAGCCAGUGAUUACCAGUGCAUUUGCAAGCCAGGUUACACGGGCCGCCACUGCAAGAACAUUGUGAAUGUGUGUGAGUCUCAACCUUGCCAGAAUGGUGGGCAGUGUAAACUGGCAGUCAAUCUGCCUCUAGGAUAUACCUGUCAUUGUCCCCCGAGCUAUUCAGGUAUCAACUGUGAGCGCAGUGUACUCUCCUGCCGGGAAUUCUUCUGCUUCAAUAGUGGCAGCUGCCGGACCACACAGCUGGGUGCUCGCUGCUUCUGCCCACCUGGGUGGGCUGGCCCUGACUGCCGCCUCCGUGCCAACAGUAGCUGUGCUAGCUUCCCCUGCCACAAUGGAGCUGCCUGCCACGAUAUUUCUAGGCCCCCUUACUUCCAGUGCAUUUGCAGUGAUGACUUCACUGGCUCCCGUUGCCAGGCUCCACGCCCGCCCCCUGAACCCCACUGCCCCCUGGAAGAAUGUGCAGCAAGGGCUGGGGAUUCCUACUGUGACAAAAUGUGCAACACCCCAGCCUGUCACUGGGAUGGGGGCGACUGUUCUUUGUUGGUUGAUGACCCCUGGAAGCAAUGCAAGAUCCGUCAAUGUUGGCAGUUCUUCAACAACAGCCAAUGCGAUGAGCUCUGCAACAGUGUCGAGUGCCUCUAUGACAACUUUGACUGCAAGGCCCGUUAUCGCACCUGCAACCCUGUUUAUGAGAAAUACUGUUCAGACCACUUUGCUGAUGGGCGUUGUGACCAAGGCUGUAACAAUGAAGAAUGCGGCUGGGAUGGGUUAGACUGUGCCAAAGAAGUGCCUGAGAACUUGGCUGACGGGGUGUUGGUUAUCACUGUGCUGCUACAUCCUGAUCAGCUGCUGCGCACAAGCACCAUCUUCCUGCAGAAGCUCAGUGCUAUACUGAGAACCUCCUUGCGCUUCCGCCUCGAUGAGAAUGGCAACUACAUGAUCAAGCCGUAUUACGGGUCAGGUGGCCGACAUCGCCGGGAACUGGAGCGAGAGAUUAUCGGGUCUGUGGUUACUUUGGAGAUUGAUAACCGCCUCUGCUACCAGGCAUCAGACAAGUGCUUCCCUGAUGCAGUCAGUGCUGCUGACUACCUUGCUGCCCUGUCAGCCGUCGAGCGCCUGGAGUUCCCGUAUCCCCUCAAGUCUGUGAAAGAACUUGUCGUUAGGGACAAGUGCUUCCCUGAUGCAGUCAGUGCUGCUGACUACCUUGCUGCCCUGUCAGCCGUCGAGCGCCUGGAGUUCCCGUAUCCCCUCAAGUCUGUGAAAGGUGAAAAGCUGUCAUCUGGGGAAGUACCUUUCAACCUAGUGCCAUUGCUGGUGGUAGCAGCUUUGAUCCUCCUGGUGAUCCUCGUGCUGGGUGUGUUGGUGGCACGGCGCAAAAGAGAGCACAGCACCCUUUGGUUUCCUGAGGGUUUUGGCCUGAAGAAAGAGAGUAGCAACAAGAACCGGCGUGAACCUGUGGGCCAGGAUGCCUUGGGCAUGAAGAGUAUUGGCAAAGAGGAGAACCUAAUAGGGGAUAACUCAGAAGACUGGCUAGAAGCAGAGUGCCCAGAGGCCAAGCGACUGAAGGUGGAAGAACCAGCCAUAGACUGUGAAGACCCAGUGGAUUGCCGUCAGUGGACACAGCAUCACUUGGUGGCAGCAGACAUCCGCAUGCCACCCUCUAUGGCCCUGACACCACCUCAGGGCGAGUUUGAUACAGACUGCAUGGAUGUUAAUGUCCGUGGGCCAGAUGGUUUCACCCCUCUUAUGUUGGCCUCCUUUUGCGGCGGCGGCAUGGAAAAUGAUCUGGCUGAGGAAGAAGAAACAGAUGACUCCUCUGCCAAUAUAAUCUCUGACCUAAUCUGCCAGGGGGCUAACCUGAGUGCCCAGACUGACCGCACAGGAGAGACUGCACUGCAUUUAGCUGCCAGAUAUGCACGAGCAGAUGCUGCCAAGCGUUUGCUUGAUGCUGGGGCUGAUACCAAUGCACAGGACAACACAGGGCGUACACCGCUGCAUGCUGCUGUGACUGCUGAUGCCCAGGGAGUUUUCCAGAUCUUGAUCCGGAAUCGAUCGACAGACUUGGAUGCCCGAAUGGGGGAUGGUUCAACUGCACUGAUCCUGGCAGCCAGGCUGGCUGUAGAGGGCAUGGUGGAGGAACUGAUUGCCUGCCAUGCUGAUGUCAAUGCUGUGGAUGAGCUGGGUAAAUCAGCCCUGCACUGGGCAGCAGCGGUCAACAAUGUAGAGGCCACAAUUGCACUGCUGAAGAACGGGGCCAACAAGGAUAUGCAGGACAGCAAAGAGGAAACACCACUGUUCCUGGCGGCCCGGGAAGGCAGCUAUGAAGCAGCCAAAAUCCUGCUGGAUCACUUCGCCAACCGUGAGAUCACAGACCACAUGGAUCGGCUGCCGCGAGAUGUCGCUCAGGAGCGCCUGCACCAUGACAUUGUCCGGCUUCUGGAUGACUACAACACUGUGCGCAGCCCACAAGGGGCGCUGCCUUCCGGCCACACCCUAUCCCCUCUUAUGUGCCCUCCCAAUAGCUUCUUGCCCAGUCUCAAGCCCACUCCCCAGGGCAAGAAGAGCCGACGGCCUAGCGCCAAGAAUGCGACAGCAGGCAGCAGUGCCAGCCUGGCACGAGAGAGCAAAGAGGCCAAGGCACGUGGCAAGAAGCUCAACCUGGAGUGCCAAGGUGCUCUCCUGGAGAGCUCUGUCACCCUGUCCCCCGUUGACUCACUGGACUCCCCAUAUGUGCCCAAUCCUGCCUCGCCUGGGGUCUUUCACACGGCCAGUGCCUCAUUGUCAGUGCCCUCCACUCCCAUGGUUCAUGGCAUGAUGGAGGCACCCUUUGCUGUCAGUUUGGCACGCCUCAGCGAUCUAGGAGAUGGCACUCUUCUCUCCAUGAACCGCCUCUCAGUGCCACCUGGCCGUAUGGGGCUCAGCCUGGGGAUGGUAAGCCCUGUGGCAAUGCCUUUUGACUGGCAUGCCCGUGUGCCCACUUCCCAGUGCCAACCAAUCAUUGGAGUAGUACACCCUGCUGCUUCCCAUCCUAACCUGCACCAGCCAGGCCAGGCCUUCCCACCAGGCCUUCUUCUGCCUAGCCAUAUGGCCAUGGGGCACAGCUCCCAGGGGUUGCCAAACCCACCUCCUGCAUCAACCAAGGAGCCAACCCAACCCAUGCCCCCACCAGCCACUGCCAUACGUACCAACCAACCUGUCUCACCCCAGGAGGGCCAGGGGGCACCACGUGCAGGGCCCCCACAGUACUUAAAGGCAGCAGGGGUGGAGGAUUACCCAACCCCACCGUCUCAACAUAGUUACACGCAGGGGCAGGAUGCAACACCCAAGCACUUCCUCCACCUGCCUAGCGAGCACCCCUACCUGACCCCCUCCCCAGAGUCCCCAGAGCAGUGGAGCAGCCCCUCCCCUCACUCCUUGUCUGAUUGGUCUGAGUCUACACCCAGCCCUUCAGUCCUGGGGCCCAGCCACACCCAGCUUGCUGUGGCUGAGCCAUCCACUAAGAUGCAGGUGUUUGCAUGAGAAGCUAGAUGGCGGAGCAGAUCCCGGGGGCCUGUGGCCCUCUGUGGCCCCCAUUGGGGCCUGUGCCUGCCUCAGGGGAUCUGUUCCCCACUUUGUGUUUUUUAUAAAAAAAAAACUUAAGUGUAAAAAGAUUUUACAAAAAAAAUUUUUUUGCCUGCUCUGGGAGGGGAAAGGCAUGGCCUCCCCAUUCCCUCACUGCCACAGAGUCUAGGCCAGCUCUCUGCCCCAUCCCCUAGUGCCAUGGCAACUAGGUUUCCGGGGAGUUCUUUUUUUAAAAAAAGAGAAAAAAAAGUAAACCCCUUUUGUAUAAACUCUGCAUUUACUCAAACGCUUUAUUUUUUACAAUGUAUUCACUGUCAUGCCUUGUUGUGGUACUCUUCUGUCUUGGUGGGUCUUGAGUGGUGAAGACUGAAGAGAGAAAAUGCACCCCUUGCUCUUCCCUCUGCAUGGUGCUGCCUCUUGGGUUGAGCCCCGGCUUCCCCCUCACUGUGUUGGGGGUGGGAUUCUGCUCACUGUAUUUGUGUACUGGGUACACAGCAUUAGCCCAGACUGACACUGCCGUGCAGAGGACAGAGCCUCAAACGUGCCCCCCUCAACCCCACCUCCUCCUCCUCCAUACUUGGCACUUCGUCACAUUCCAGGUUAAUUUAUUCAUUUUAAAUUCUGCAGCAUUCCCCCCUUCUCCCGAUCCCCCUUGAAGUCCUCCAUUUCGGGAGCUGCUUCAGCUAAUGCUAGCCAUGAUCAUGGGGGUUUCCCAGUCUCCAGGGUAUUCUGAGCCACUCUGCGUUUUUUAUGCCUGGCCCCUACCUCCUCUGGUCUGAAUCUGCCUUCAGCCUAAGUUAGAUGUUGUUUCCUGUAUGGCAAAUGACUUGCCGUGUGGUACUAUGGGAUCUUGGGGGCAGCCGCCAUCACCGUGUGCUUUGUUUUGGCUUGAAAGGUACUGAGAGAAUACAAAAUAAUCUCUCCCUGAGACUUCCAGCCCAGCAGUCAACUACCUAUUUUUCUCACUUCCUGCCUCCCCCCCCCCACCCCGUGCCCUGUACAUUCCAGCUGUUCUUGGCUGUAAAUACUGCAGUUGGGAGCCGCGGCUAGAUGGGACCUCAGUUCAGUGUGGCCUGCUGCUCCCCCCUCCCUUCUCAUGCUGUGUAGCAUAGUGGGGGAAUGGCCCCGCAGCAUUCACCCCUCUUUCAUAGAAGGACCAUUUCUAGCUCAUUUUAAACCUUUUUUAAAAAAAAAUAAAAAUAAAAAUCCAGUGUAUACCAAGUAGCUUUAAAGCAGCUGGGUGCUUCAUGUACAGAGCGGCUUGAGCCGCGGCAUAAUAAACAUAGCUAAUAAGGAAA